AUGGGCAUGCUAACUUUUGGCCGCUUUCUCAGCCGCCCGUAUCCUCACCAUAGUCCCUACGGUCCGACCAUUUUCUCCUUCCAGCAGAAACUGCUCAUGGACGACUCCGCCGGACACCGGAGAAGCAAGUCCGAGGUGAGCGUGGCCGAGUCGAUCGAGUCGAUCGGGUCGAGUGCUGCCGCCUCAGAGACGGGCAUGGCGGCUCCCGAGCCCAUGACCCCCGGUGUGGAGGGCGUCGACGAGGUCGCCUCCUACUCGCCUGCCUCGACGCCCGGGAGGCUGUCGCGGAAUCCGUCGUUCUCCAACAGCAGCUCCUACCAGGAGGACUGGGAGACGUUCCCGCCGCUCGACAAGUUGACCGUGUUCGACCUCUUCGAUACCGUCGCCCUGAACCAGCGCCUCGAGAAGUGGCAGCAGACGCUGCAGGCCCAGAAGGAGAUGGUCAAACGCCAGCGCGAGAAGCUCAAGUCGACCUCGCAGAACGCGAGGCAACGCGUUGUCGGCGAGUGGAAGCGCCGCGUGCCCACCUCGGAGGAACAGCUGGAGAAGUACCGUCGCCGCAUGAAGACCGGCGUCGAGCGCCUCGGCAAACAGUGGAACAAGACCGCCACCGUCACCCUGCGCGAGAAGGCCUCCUUCCUCGCCGGCGUCCUCAACAUCUUCAUCAGCGGCUACCUGAUCGGCGCCUGCCCGGAUUACUUCUACUACUGGUACACCGCCCAGCUCGCCUACUUCAUGCCUAUCCGUUGGUACGACUACCACAAGCGCGGCUGGCAUUACUUCCUCGCCGAUCUGUGCUAUUUCGUCAAUCUGUUGAGCAUGCUGAGCAUCUGGGUCUUCCCAAACUCCAAGCGCCUCUUCAUCAGUACCUAUUGUCUGGCCUUUGGCAACAACGCCGUCGCCAUCGCCAUGUGGCGCAACUCCUUGGUUUUUCACAGCAUGGAUAAAGUUGUCAGCGUCUUCAUCCAUAUUAUGCCCCCCGCGGCGCUGCAUUGCUUGGUUCACCUGACACCCGUGGAAACCCUGCAGCAUCGAUUCCCAGCCGUCUACCAUAUCAAAUUCAGCCAACCCGGUUCGCCCGAGCACUACUCGCUGUGGUCCAUGAUGUUCUGGGCCACCGUGCCUUAUGUUUUCUGGCAACUGUCGUACUAUCUCUUCAUCACUGUUCGCCGCCGGGAUAAGAUCGCUGCGGGCCAUCUGACCAGCUUCACCUGGCUACGCAAGUCAUACUCCAAGACCUGGAUCGGCAAGUUCGUCCUGAGCCUGUCGGAUCCCUGGCAGGAGCCCGCAUUCAUGAUGAUUCAAUACGUCUACGCCCUCUUGACCAUCAUCCCCUGUCCGCUCUGGUUCUGGUCCCGGUGGGCCAGCAGCGCGUUUGUCCUCCUGAUGUUCUCCUGGAGCAUUCACAACGGUGCCACCUACUACAUCGAUAUUUUCGGCAAGCGGUUCCAGAAGGAGCUCGAGGAACUGAAAAAGGACGUCGCUCGUUGGCAAUCUUCCCCUGAUGGCCUGGUUAGCCCGCUUAUGAUGCCGGACUCCGCCGCCGCUGGCGCCCGUAUCCUAGAUGACUCUCUGAACAACGCUCAGCUCGAAUCCGACAAGGCCAGUCUCGAUCAUAUCCCCCUGCUAGACUCGACUAUCGCCGCCACCGGUGUGGAUGGAAAGAAUGGAAAUAGCAACGACUCUGUCUUGCGUGAGAGACAGUAG